AUGUGUUGGGACUCUUGUGAUGCAGCUGCAGUGUCUACCUCUGAACAAGAUAUCCUGGUUCAUGUCAUACCUGCUCCAGAGAUGUGUAAUAACAUCAUUGAACAGGUUGCUAAAAAAGUAGUGAAGGGCUGUAAUUUUAGUCAGCACUUGUUAAACAGCACCAACACUGAAGGAGAUGAGGCAAUCGUUUUACAAUGUAAACAGCUGGAACGUCCCCUUCCCCUUACAAUCACUGGGGAGGGGAAUCAUUCAAACUCUCCGUGCCCUUCGUAUUUCGACCUUGCAGGGGGUUGGCUCCUCAAUGCAAAUUGGCUAUUCCGCCGGCACUACUGCCCACUCUGGUCAAGAAAAACAAGACCUCUGCCCAACCAAAGUUUAGGUCAGUGUGGUGCUGGAAAAGCACUGCGGGUCAGGCAGCAUCCAAGGAGCAGGAAAAUCGACAUUUCAGGCGAAAGCCCUUCAUCUCUGCCCAACCAAACCCAGCCGAGGGUGUUGCAUGAAGCCAGGAGGCUUUGUGAUGAGGGAAGCAGUGAGAUGCCGUACUUUACUCUGGAACCGGAAGGCCCCCGACACCUAGCCUGGGACCCAACUACCCUUCUGUCUGCUCCCUCACCUCCUGCCAAUCAUGGGACUUUUGCAGGUGAACUGUGGAACUACCACAACUAUGAGCCACACCCUGGCACAGGUGAAGAAUUUCAAAAGAAACAAAUAGAAAUCACAAAUUGCUGCUGAUAGACUUCAUUGCAUCCCAGUGUCUCAGGAAAUAUCAUCAGCAAAAUUAACUUGUAAUG